AUAGCCCCAACGCUUCCCAUACAGAAAAAAGCUUUCAAAGUUUCACUGCACCGAUUUCGAACUCAGUUUCUACAGUUUUAUAAGUGUAUCAGAUGAGUAUGGAAUCCAACAGGGGCAACCAAAAUGGAAUUCAACAACUUUUAGGUGCAGAGCAAGAAGCUCAACACAUUGUCAAUGCUGCCAGGAGUGCAAAACAGGCUAGAUUGAAACAGGCAAAGGAUGAAGCUGAGAAGGAGAUAGCUGAAUUUCGUGCAUUCAUGGAGGCCGAGUUCCAGAGGAAGCUUGAACAGACUAGCGGUGAUUCGGGUGCUAAUGUCAAACGUCUUGAUCAAGAAACGUUUGCAAAGAUCCAACACUUGAAAGCAGAAUCUGAAAGCAUCUCCAACGAUGUUGUCCAGAUGCUUCUGAGGCAGGUAACCACAGUAAAGAACUAAGAUUCAUCUCUGAAUGCUUACCAGGGUCAGUUUUAUGGUCAUUUUCUGCUGAUUCUUGAUUCUCCCUAAUUCUCAUUUUCUUGCUACACCAGUUUAAUGGUUGUUCUCCAUUUGUGCUGUAUAUUUAUUUAUCACUAUUGGUCAUUUUGGCCCUAGUUGAAUAAAAGUAAUCAUAUACUGAUGUUCUAUGAAGACAAAUUUUGGAUAUUAACUUACCCACACGAUGUGUGUUUACGUUAAACAAAUGAAUGAAAU